AAGCAGAAGAUCUCAACUCGACUUGGACAGCUCACAAUACAACUCUCAACCUGCCCGAAAACGGAAAAUUAUCCUAGUCGGAAUUUCCUAUUCACACGUCUCUGUCUGUCGGAUGUUUUUCGUAUUGCCACGUGUCCAUGCAGAAGAAAAACUGCGGAAAACCCUCUCUCUGUGCGUAUCACUUUCUUUCUCUCCAAAAAACCAGCUUGCUCUGCCUCGGCCACAGGUUUCCAAGUAGAUAGCAGACAUGCAGAUAGAACCAACCAUGAUACGAGGAGGUUGAAAGACACACCCCCCAAGAAAUGCAAUAAAUCCACUACCCUGGGGAGCUUGUUACUUUGAUUUUGUCGAGUUUGCUGAUUGUCAGAACCAUUAGUAACAUGAAGAGAAUCAUGAAGAAAAUGCGUCGAUCACUUUCAGACAUAAUCAGUAAUCUUCCAGAAAGUGUAAAAGAAACAAUCUUAGCGUGUUUGUCAAUACAGGAUGCAGUGAGGACUAGUGUUUUGUCAACAAAAUGGAGGUAUACCUGGACGAAACUUCCCCAACUUGUAUUUGAUGAUACAUUCUGCAGCGACUUGUUCUGCAAAACCAAGGAUAAACUUAUGACGAUUAUUUAUCAAGUUCUGUUAUUUCAUCAUGGACCAAUACCCAAGUUCACAUGCUCUUUAUCUGGACUGAAAAGUUGUUCGGAGUUCGAUCAGUUGAUACUUUUCGUUUCAAAAAAAGGUAUCCAGGAGUUGAACCUCAACAUUCAGAAUGGUGAACUUUAUAAAUUGCCAUCAUCACUAUUUUCAUGUCUUCAACUCAAGAUUUUGACUCUCCAUUCUUGUAUAUUUAAAUCUCCACCUGAAUUUAAAGGAUUUAGCAGGCUUCUUAAACUGGAGCUUUACGAAGUAGUUGUUACAGCCGACAUACUUUCAAGGUUAAUCUCCAGUAGCCCACUACUUGAGCGACUGUCACUUCAAAACUCCACCAGUAUAGAUUGCCUUGAAAUUAAUGCUCCUAAUCUUAGAUUCUUACUCUGCGAAAUCCAUGCCGGUUCUAUUUGUUUAAAAAACGCCGUUCAACUUGCAAGCAUUGCAAUUGAUUUAAUGGCGUCCAUGGAUGUGGAAGAAUUUGAGGAAGCAGAAACUUCCAAAUUGGUGACGCUUUUUGGUAAUCUACCUGUCAUUGAGUUUCUGGAAUUGGACUAUUAUUAUCUUCGGUAUAUGUCUGCAGGUGGUGUACCAAAGAGGCUUCCAACUACUUUGAACAACCUUAAAUUUCUCUACUUGAAUCAAAUUUGUUUUGGGCAACUAAAUGAGAUCUUGGUUUUUCUUUGUUUAAUUAGAAGCUCUCCAAACUUGGUAAAAAUUAGAAUUCUGGUACAUACUGAUGAAACUGCUGAUGAUGUUAUUGAUAAUCCUGUUCUAAAACUUUUAGAAAAGCAAGACUGGUCAGAUGUUUCUUUAAAUCAACUUCGAGCAGUGGAGAUGUAUGAUAUAUCUAUAAUGAGGUCUGAAUUGGAGUUUAUUAAGCUUCUAUUAGCCAAAUCACCAAUGCUGGAGACAAUGAUUAUUAAGCCUGACCCAGUGGAGGUUGCUGACAAAGGACCGACAACCAAUGUUAUAACUAACAUGUCUGCAGCAUGUGUACCAAAGGGGCUUCAACCUACUAUGAACAACCUUAAAACUCUCCAGUUUUUAGAAAUUUGUUUUGGCCAACUAAAUGAUAUCUCGCUUAUUCUUUGUUUAAUUAGAAGCUCUCCAAACUUGGAAAAAAUUACAAUUCAGGCAUAUGUCGAUGAAGAAACUAAUGCUGUUGAUCCUGUUCUAGAACUUUUAGAAAUGCAAGAGUGGUUGGACGUCUCGUUAAAUCAACUUCAAACCGUGGAUUUCUGGAAUCUAUCUGGCACAAGUUCUGAAUUAGAGUUUAUUAAGCUUCUAUUAGUCAUAUCGCCCGUGCUGGAGGUAAUCUUUAUUGAGCCUGACUCAAAGAAGAUUGUUGACAAAGGAGUGAGAAUUUUGAAAGAGUUGGCCCAAUUUCCGCGCUUGUCACCUAAAGCGGAAAUCGAAUUUGACGAUCCAGAUGAAGAUUAAGUUUAGCAAAUGGUUUGUGUCCUUUUUGGCCAUCUUUGGUUUUAGUGGGACAGAGAGAUGAUAUUUUUUGUGUUUGUUGCCUGAUAGGUCCAUAUUUAAAAAUAAUUACUGCCGAGACAUUCACUGUGGGGAAGUGGAACAUCUUGAGGGCAAAAAAUUGCUCUCCUUAUAGGAAAAAUAAAACUUCUUCAACAAUUUAAAUUAUAUGAAAUUUGGUUGAAAUUUGGCAAUGAUGUUUGUGAUUGUGAA